AUGGUGUUCGUUAGAAUACUGAGAGUUCACUGUAGAGAAGCCGAAGACUUGACGAAGGAAGAAGCGAAAACGAAUUCGAGCGAAAACGACGUUUCGAUUUCUUCGAUGGGCCAACGAACGAGUGGAGAAAUCGUGAGACUUUGCAUACACGGUGAAACUGAACUGGUGCAGUUGCAAUUCAUACCGGACGAAUUGAAUAUCCUAAAUUUCGAAGCCUACCACACGGAAACUCGAGUGCUCGAAAUCAGGAAUCCUUCGAAACACGAAACGGUCACCUUCCGCUUCGCGGCGAACGGAGCAGCUCGCUGCAAGCCCCCGGAAGGGGUUCUUCGGCCUCAGAAAUCUCUUCAGGUCUCGGUGACUAUUGGAAAGCAGAGACUGGCUUGGAUCCAGCCCAGAAUCAAACUUGGCUUCGACGUAAUAAUGAAGAGUCACAGUUUUCUUUCUCCAAAGAAAUGCGAGUCCGUCACAGUCGGCACUUAUUUCGUGUGUUGUCACAUCAGGUAUAAGGAAAAAGCCAAAAUUGCGCCGCUCCCUUCUCCAGUCGCGUUCGGCACCGACGAGCCGAGUCCGUUCCCUGAACCGAAAACCCCCGAGAAACGCAAUCUCCGAGUAUAUUGGGCAAAUUAUCUGCGAACGCUCGUUCGAACUCGGGAGCAAAAAGCGGAGGCUAAAAGAAUGAAAAACGCGAUCGAAGGUUGGGACGAGUUCGAAGAAUUACUUUUCAGUCAUUGCGAGCUAUUUCCAAAAAUUGUGAAAAACCCCAUUCCCGUGGAGUCGAAUGAAAUGAGCGACCGGAAGAAAGCCCAAAUGGGAGAGAAGUAUCUGAACGAGGCGAGAACCCUGCUCCCUCUGACGCCACUGCAAAUUUACAACGUCAAGGUUUCGCCGGCCAUGUUCACAUUUGGCAUGGUCGUAACGAAGAGCUUGAAUUUUCAAGAGCUAUCGAUCGAGAAUAAGAACGUAUUUCCGGUAAUGGUGAAAGUGAUGAGCCGGGCAACGCGAAACAUUCGCUUUCCGAAUGGAAAUUCGGUGGUACUAAAAGCAGGAUCCUCCGUAAAAAUACUCAUGGAAUUCCGCGCGGAUCAAAUCGGGAAAUUCAACAGUUACAUCAAUUACAUAAUCAACGAAAAUCAUUCGUACGAGCUGACAAUCGCGGCCGACGUUGUUUACAAAUUUUUGUCGAUCGGAGCCCGCCAAAUCGUUCUCGGAGACACGGAAGAAUUUAUGUCGGAGGAGUGUUAUCGGCCGCUCGUAGGAUACGUCGAAGUUAAGAAUAAAUUGAACGCGAAAACAAAUUUCAAAUGGGACGUGCCAACCCCGAUGAGUUACGUCAUCAACCCCAUCGCCGGGUGUGUUCGCGGAAUGAGGAAUUUGCUCGUUGGCAUAACUUACGAGCCUGAUGAAGUGAAAAUUCAAAGCACCGAGGCGAUCAUCGUCACGGAGGGCGGGACUUACAUCACUUUGAAAUUAAAUACUAUCCUGCCGGUUCGACCUGCGGUAGCUUUUUUGAGGGAUGCGCUAAACGUUGGAGAAGUUCCUCUGAACGUUCCCUACACGACUCUCGGUGUAAUCCGCAACGGAGAAUACAACCAAGUUUAUUUCGAGCUUGAUCAGUCGUCCCAGACUCACGGAUUGCAAGCUUUUCCAAAAAAAGGCUUCGUUCCACCCCGAGGAAUCGUACCUCUUCGAAUUAUUCUUAGGUUCGACGUUUGUAUGGAAUUCGCGAUCGUAAUUCGUGUGAUUAUUCAACACUCUCACGCGAUAAAGCUACGAGUGACGGGUCGAGUUACGUUUCCCAUGCUGAAAAUUCAACCGGCCAAAAUCGAGAUGAAACGCGUUAGUAUCGACGCAUCACGGACUAAUCUCGUGACGAUGACAAACGUGGGAAAUACUCUUCUCACGCUUCGUUUUCCGCUGCAAGACUAUCCGGAGUUUCGUAUUUUUUUGUCCGAUCCGUCGGUCGGUGAUCAACGCACGGAAUUAGAACACGAAGUAGGAAUAAUCAUACUCCCGGGGAAUUCGAGAUCGUUGUACCUCCAUUUUAGCCCCGUCGAUCUUGCCUCCUACGAGUUUUAUUUACCAAUGAUAAUAAACGAAAUUUUGGGCCCGAUCGACGUGGAAAAUGAGAAUUGUUUGAAACCGGAAGAAUAUAUUUCAUCGGGAGAGGAGCGCUAUGCGAAGACGAGUAAUAUUGUGAUCGAUCGAGCAGCGGGGAUCGAUCUACCGACGCUGAUGAUCGCUUGCACCGUUGCCGGGCAUCUCGUGAACUUGAGCAAAACCGAAUUUAACUUGGACGCGAGCGUCGAUCAAGUUCAAGACACUCUGAGAAUUAUCAACGAAACGAACGAAGCGACCUCGCUCGUCGUUCGGAUUGAUGAGCUUUUGAAAAAUAAUAGCCCUUUCACGAUAGACUGGGACGAGCGAGGAGAGAAAGUCGAUUCGACCGAAGGUGGUGCUUCAUUGGUCUGUACCCUUAAGCCGAGAUCCGAGACUUAUUUGCGCGUGAAAUUCGAUCCGAGGGAUCGACAAGGCGACUGGUCGGUCGAAGCACCUAUUUUCGUUGAAGGACACUCGGAGGGUGAAAUAUUUAACAGUUUGAAGCUCAGGGGUAAAAAUCCAAAAUGUCGAAUCGAGUCGAAUGUUCGAGAAAUUUAUUUGUGUCCGGUUCCCCUGAAGAAUUCUACGAUAUGCGCCAGAGUCGACGGGCCCGAUCGACUGAUUGGCGAAUUUCGGAGAGAACUCUUGUCGAUAACAUUCCCGCAGGGGAGCAACGUUGUAGCUGAUCGAUCGAAAAAGUAUCUCACUUCUUGGCAAAGCGAAUCGAUUCAAGUUCGAUUGGCUUUCCGGAGUUCAGCGCCCGUAUCUUUUCGUACGAAAGUCGAAUUUUUUGAUGCCGAAAAUGAGGCGAAUUUUUUCGUCACAGUUUUCGCAACUGCGGACAAUUGUCUCAUGAGCAUUCACGCAUAUAUUAUUUCAACCGGCGGGUCCGCAGGGUCGAACAAAUUCAAGCUUCAACGCUCGUCAAAUUUGUCGAUCGAGUCUGAAAUUUCGGACAGUUUUUCGAUGGAUCAACAGGCCUCGCGAGGAGCACAGAGGAGGUUGCUCGAUGGUAACGCCACUCUGAGCGUUCACUCGAACGCGAGUCAAUCGAGUUGGAACGCUGCGAAGAUUCUGAACAACAUGAAGUUGAAAAGUGCGAUUGCCAAAGAAGCUUCGGGCGCGGAAGCGACGCUAGAAGAGGAGGAGGACGAUGACGAUGACGACGACGACGAAGACGGAGAAAUGGAAAAAAACAAACAAAAUCAUCCGGCAAUUGAUUUCAUUGCUAGCGCGUACGAGCGUCACAUGCUGAGGUCUUUGAAAGUCGCAGAACAGUGGCUGUACUCGGGUCCUUUGAGAUAUCAAUUUUAUCCCCACGUGACCGAAGGAAUAACUGCAUCAUUUUCCAAUUUAUUCACCACCGCCAACAUGAGCGAAAAGCGAAAAAGCGGACGGAUGAAUCAGUCUUUUAUUGACAUUCUUGCAAAUGUCGUUGGUCCAGAACUCUUCGACUUCAUUGGAGCACCGCCAACCGUAUUACCGGAAGACGAUGCUGAAAGAAUUCAUAUCGUCUUAAAGACUUAUGAAAAUAUGUUGAAAUUUCUCAUUGCCAAAGGAGCUUGCGUGUGCCACGUACACGCCCGUCAUCUCCUAAAUUACAGUGACUAUGAAAUGACCUUGGAACAUCCAAAAUUAAUGAAUACGUCGAAGGAGACUUGCCUGGAAAUAAAUUUGCUCCAUGCUGACCGUAUGGAAUUGCAAAAUUUUGAAGCGCGUAGUAAGCAAUGUUGGCUCGAUAUUAUUCUGCAAACCUUCAAAAGCUUUGUAUUAAAAGGCAUCAGUGCUGAUGGACUCGGCAGAAGAAUUUCAGACAACCUGGAACUUCGAAAUAUUGAAAGGACUAAAUCGGAGAGCGCGUUUAGUUUUGGUGAUAUCAUGAGUGAGGCUUCGGUCAUUAAAAUCGAGGCUUUAGCUCGAUCGAAAAAAACGUAUUCCGAACCAGAAUCGUUGCUCCUCGCUUGGCUGGAGUUUCAUUACGAGCAGCAACGUCAAGAAAAGUGGCUCGUGCACGAAAGCACAGUUCUCAAUCCAUUGGAAGCCAAGGACGAGACACAGGAAAGAGCAAUUACGAAUUUCGAGCAAGAUCUCGCUGACGGUCUCGUUCUCAUAACCGUCACCGUCGCUCAUUGUCCCUUUCUCGUCGAGCAUUCCUUCAGCAAUGUUUAUAUUAGACCCAGAACGAGCGAGGAGGCCCUGCAUAACGCUAUAUGCCUUGUAUCAGCGUGGCGAAAAAUUCGGCUUGGUUUCAUGAUAACACCGGAGGAAAUAAUUCAGCCGAAUGCUGUGCAACUGUUGAUGCUCGUCACCCAUUUGUUCGAAACACUUCCAACUUAUGCUCCAAAGGCCAAGAUCAGAUUCAGUUGCCCGUUGACCGAGAAAAUAACCCGACCUCUGAACAUCACGAACCCAUCGGGCUCUCACGUCACUUACGUUCUCCAAUUUUUUGCCAAUGAGGCGGCAUUUUUCAAAUUACUAACGGAACGCGUCGUCCGUCUCGAACCGUACAGGAGUGCCAACAUUCAAAUCGAAUUUUAUGCAAGAAAAAUGCAAAAGACUCGAGCCUAUCUUCUUCUUUGCGGAGGAGCGAUUGGUCCAACCUUCAGUAAAAAUCUGUGCUUCGUCCUCGUCGGAGGAACGAGUCAUCUGGACAUCGUGGAGGAAUACCAAAUCAAAUCAAAAUUAUACCAAGUGUUGGACAAGACGUUGAGUGUCAGGGUACCUUACGAGAACGCCGCUGAGUACGUUAUUUGGAUGACACAAGAAAUGCCCAUGAAACGAGCCACGAUUAAAAUGGAACGUUGGUCGGAUUUGCGAUUAAGAAAAGUUCCAAGGAGGCUUUUUUUGAACCAAAAGUCCAUGUCGGUCCUCGAGGGCGCUCACAAAGCCGACCUCUCUGUAACGGUUGCCUGCAUCGCUCCGGGAAUCCGAAAUUUUUGGAUUAUUUUCACAUCGAAGCUCGGGGAUUUCAUAAUUCAAAUAACUUCGAGCUCGCGGACAUCGAUAACCGACAAUCUUACCGUCAAGUGGCAACGUACCAGCUGCAUUUGUACAGAUCCUUCAAAGAAUGUAGUCGAAACGUGUCCCUUGAAUAUCAGCGUCAGAAUUCCCGCAAAAAAUACAGAGUUAUGGAAAUGCAUCAAUCACGCCUUUCAAAAGUCACUAAAUCCGAAAGAAAAAAGUUUUUGGUCCCGUCAUUUGGAAACGAAUAUCGGAUUACGAUUAAUUUAUUAUUUGAUGGGCGAUCACACGGAUGCGACGGCUAAAGAAUUUAUGCAUCUCUUCGAACCCAGUGCAACUUACAAAGUUUCCACUAUUGACAAAUCGAGCCCGUUGAUUAUUCCCGGAAAACUACUCACGAUCUCCGAUGUGAAAUCGGCUUCUGGAGAGGAAAUUGAGAUGAAAAUUCACAUGAACAAAUCCAUGCCACGGGUCUACGAAACAACCAUUUCCCUAAUUUCGCUCGACAAACGCGAACAUCGUCUUUACAAUGUUCAUUUCCUUUGCGAGAAUCCCACGCGAUAAAAGAAAUUCUAGCUGACUUAAUUAACGUCGACGCGAACAAACAACUAUACGUUAUUGUCAAUGUCAACCGAUAAUAAAAAUUUUUUAAAUACAGUCGACUCUCACAAGUGGCGGUUGCACGGGCAGA